CGAUUCGCAACUGGUGCCAGUGUUCGUGGAGGAGUCUUCUUCGCCAAGUUCGCCACGACUAGGCUCUUCGAGUGGAGGAGGCGUUCAAUCGUCGCAAGCAGGCAGCAGUGCCCAGCCAAGCUUGUUGACGUCCUUGACCAAGCAGCUCAUGCAAGUUCGUUCGUUUCCCUACGAAUCUGGAGGAGAAGACGAGAACAAGGGAGUCGAAGUAGAACGAACACGCAGUAAGGGCGCGGUGAAUGGUCUAGACUUGCUGCGACACACGUGCAUUGUAAGUCGGCGAAACUUGAAGAAAAUGGAGAAAAACGCCCUCAAUUUCAGUAGAAGUACGACAACUCGAAGUGGAUUCACUGCUUCAGCCUUCAAACGACCUACAGAAACUCCAACAGCGUCUUCCUUCAUGACGUGUCGUCUCGGCCGCAGUACUCAAGAUACUAGCAGGACAGCGACAAUUUGUGCUCCAGUAACGACAAGUAAUAUCAAAACUGGUAAUGCAUGUUGUACUGGGCGCGGUGCCGCAGAUGAGUCAUCUUCCCUGUCGCAGCUGACACGGGAAGCCCUUGCGAAGCAUGACUCUAACUUCCAAGACGGCGGAGCAGGUGCGGGUCGCCCUGCGGGCCCUUGGACCACGCAGCCUGGCUCGGUCGGCUCAACGAUGCCCAACGCCACUUGUUCUGUGUCGGCAACUGAGUCUCCUCUCUACUCCAAGCUCGUUGAACUUUCCGGUGCAGACGGAUUGCUUUCGUGUUCGUUGGAAGCCUAUAAGAUCGCAGAGGAUCCAGCUAGCUACAAGGAGUGGGAAACGCUGGAAAAAGCCGGUGUGAUGAUGGCCGUGGCGCAGAUGGAGUGGCAGGCACCGAGUCGCAACUUCUUCGAGGACGCACAGGUGUACUUCUUCAACAAGUACCACAAACAUCACGAUGAACCGCGGACAACAUAUUCCAGUAGUAAACGGGAACAACACCAAGCAGCAACAUCAAGUAGUUGUAGACGGGGUCGUGUCAAGAACAACCGUGGAGCACGCGGAGGUGGAUCUCAAAACGACCACGUCGUCGCAGAGGAUCAUGGUAACCAAAUGUCAUUGUCCAGCGCAGGCUACGAAGACAACGUCCUAUCGCCAAAAGGCGUGAAGCUGAAAGCCUACUGCGUGAGUGCCGUUUAUCCACCAAUUUUCGCGUAUCGUGGGGAUCUUUUGUGCGCCUCCUAUGCAGGCAUCUUCUCUUUCGGGAGAGUGGUUCAGUGA